GGGGAGCCACCCGCGUAGCCCAGCCACAAAUUAAUAUUAAAUGAAGUUGCAGAUUGCUGUCGGCAGGAUAAUUGGUGCUUGUCCGGGGCUGUUCCUGCCUUGGCUGUUCAGGGUACAUGCUGGGGGGCAGGCAGGAUUGGGGGUGUCUUGGAGAGCCCCCAGCAUGGUGUGUGCUGGGCUCUGCCUUCCCUGGGGGCUGCUGCUGCUGUAGAGCUCAGGAUAUGGAGAGAAAAGCAGGGCUGGGAGGGUGCCAAACCCGUCCAGAAUCUGGGGAGAAACAGGAGGCAGCAGCAUCAUGUCUGGGUGCCACCGGCACCCCAAAAUGUGCCAGGCAGGAGGGUGGUGGCAGUGAACAGUAUAGACACCUCCUCAUGGCCGGCUCAGGGUGAGGGUCCCUCUGGAGAGGGGAGAAAGUGAGCAUUCCCAAGGUGGUGGUGAGAGCAAAGUCCUGUGCCAAGCCCUGAUUCCUUCUGCUUUCCAGGAACCUCUUUGGCAGCAGGAAUGUGUCUUGGCUGCAGGAGGGACUGGCCUUUGGGGUGUGAUGCUUUGGUCCCUGGGCUCAGGGUGUCAUCCAGCCUGGUGGGUUUGACAGAGCCCAGAGGUCAAGGUGAGCUUGCUGUAGGGGGGUAGAUCUCGGAGCACCAAGAUCUAGCCUAGGAUACCUGCAGGCACUCCAGGUUGAAAUUUGAGAUUUUGUGUGUUGGGCUGCACCAGAGAUCUCCCCGUGUGCAGUGGGUUUAACCCUUGCGUUUCCAAGGGCUAGCGGGUUUGUCAGCUGGCUCUAGGGCUGGGCAGGGUUAGCUCUCCCAGCAGCCCUGAGCUCCUUGAGGUCCACAGCACCUGUAGUGCACCUUGUGCCUCUCCUGCUGUGUGGUGACACGUCCUGCUCAGCCCAGCCAGAUCUAAUUAGCUUGUUGAAUCUCUUCUCCCUCCGGCCUUGUGUUAAUCACUUUUCACAUUGCUUCCUUCCCAAUUCCCUCUGGCCUGAUUUGCUCUUACUGUUGCUGAUGUGCCUGGAGAGGGGAGCAAGGAGACCCAGCUGGACAUGGAGCAGGGCCCCCACUCUGUCCCAGGAUAGGCUCUGAGCCAGCAGAUGGAGGGACAGGAGAUCACUCAGCCACAGGGAUGGGAGAAAAUCACAAGCUGAAGAAAAAGCAAGAAAUGUAGAGAGCAAAGGAGCCUAUUAGGACUGCCCUUCUUUAUAGUCCUGCUAUGUUGGCGGAGGGUGAAACCUUCAAGUCCAGUGGGAGAGGCCGUGACUCUCUAGGAGGGCUGGGCUGCAGGGUGCUGUGGGAGCUCAAUGGGAUGUCUUUCAGCUCUCCCCUGUGAGGGGCAGGAUUAGACCCCAGGACUGGGCACAGAUGGGAAUAGAAGUGCCCUGGACUGGGCUCUAGGGAGUAUGGAGUCCAUGGUCCCUGGAGGGCAGUUAGUGGGAUGUCUGAUGUGCCAUCUGUGCUUGGCUACAGCAUCCCCUCCCAGGGAUACAGGAAAAUGUCUCAUUCCCCCAUGGGUGCCUGCCCUGGGGCUUGUUGUAAUACUGGGACAGGAGGUGACCACAUCAGAAGCAGCUUUUAGGUGUCAGGUGCAUAGACAACUGUCUGAAAGUGACUUUCUAAUAACCACUGUUGCCAGGCUGGGGUUUCUGUCCUGCUGCCCUCAAAGCAGGACUUGGGGUGGGUGGUGGGGAGCACCCACCCUGACUGCCCCUGAUGUGCUGCCCUCCCCCCAGGCAGCACCCCGUGGGCUACAUUUGCACCCUGUGGAGCACAUUUCUCUCAAGCAGCAAUAAAUGUACCCUGGGCUAGCAGUCCCCAGCUGUGUCUGUGACCGACUGCUGGUCCAGAGAUGCAGAGGAAGAGGGAGGAGAUGAGGGUUGCAGAUGUCUGUGGAGGUGAUCAGUGGACAAGGCUGAGCUCCAAGGCAGGGAACUCGUGCCGUGCAAGGUGGGGACACUGUUGGGGAGAAAGUUUGGUGGUUUGUGAUGGGGCAGAGGGGAUUUCCUAGGCGGAGCUGGUCCCCGAGCUGGUGGCAGCAGUAUCCCAGUAGCGUGUCAUGAACUCAAGGGUCCCUGCAGACUGCUCAGCUCCAAUGCCACCAUGAGCUGCUGCUGCUGGGGUGGAAGCCUGUGUGGCUGAGCCUCCUCCACCUCCAUGCACCCGCUGGUGACCAUUCUGCACCCCUUUGCGGGUUCCUGUGCCAGGCUGUGUAGUGCAGGAGUGGCCUGGAGGAGAGCUGACCUCUAAGUCCCUUGGGCAGUUUCGUGGGCUCUCCUUCUCUGCAGCUUGGGUGCUCCGAGGGACCUCAGAGGGUGCCGGGGCAGGAAGAGGGAGGGCCAAGGCAGGUCUCUCCUCCCUUGCCCUCCCCUCUCCUGCGUUGCUGGGUCUAUUGCUGCCAGAGGAGCUGCCGGCUGGGGCUGUGUCCGGGGGAUGGCGGUUGCUGAGGCACCCUGGGACCUGCAGGGGCUGCAAACGGUGGGCAUCAUCCUGCUGCUCUGCUCCAGCCUCAAGAUACUCCAUGCUCUGGGCAUCAUCGACCUGACCAAGGGAGGCAACCCGCCAGUCCAAACUAAAAAAGCGCUGAAGCAGCGAUUCCUCAAACUGCUGCCCUGCUGCCGGCCCAAAUCCAUCCCCUCGCUCAGCGAAAACAGUGUUGAGGAUGAGUUUGAGCUCUCCACCGUCUGCCACCGCCCCGAGGGGCUGGAGCAGCUCCAGGAGCAGACCAAGUUCACCCGCAAAGAGCUGCAGGUCCUGUACCGAGGCUUCAAGAAUGAGUGCCCAAGUGGCAUUGUCAAUGAAGAAAACUUCAAGCAGAUCUAUUCACAGUUCUUCCCUCAAGGAGACUCCAGCACUUAUGCUACCUUCCUCUUCAACGCCUUCGACACCGACCAUGAUGGCUCCGUCAGCUUUGAGGACUUUGUGUCUGGGCUGUCCACCAUCCUGCGGGGCACCAUUGAUGAUCGCCUGAACUGGGCCUUCAACCUCUAUGACCUGAACAAAGAUGGCUGCAUCACCAAAGAGGAAAUGCUGGACAUCAUGAAGUCCAUCUACGACAUGAUGGGCAAAUACACCUACCCGGCCAUGCGGGAGGAAGCACCCCGGGAGCAUGUGGAGAACUUCUUCCAGAAAAUGGACCGGAAUAAGGAUGGCGUGGUAACAAUCGAGGAGUUCCUGGAGUCCUGCCAGAAGGAUGAGAACAUCAUGCGAUCCAUGCAGCUCUUCGACAGCGUGAUUUAGCUCCCGGACCUGCCUCCAGAUGAGCUCUCCUGACACUGGGCCCAGAACCUUCCUCUCUCUCUUGACUUUUCCUUUGAGAUUCCCCUCCUCCAGCUGCACAGACACCCCCAUGGAAAGGGGCCUUCCUUCCCUGAGAUGCAGUUGGCGCUGAGAUCUUCCCUUUCCCCUGGCCCAGCUCUGCUUUCCUUGGGGAAUCCCAAGCAGGUGCUCCCAGAUGUUGGAGCAUGGGCAUGGCUGGCACAGGAUGAGAAUUUCACCUGGAUGGACCUCCCUGCACCCAGUCCUGGUGGAAAAGACACAUCCUUGGGCUGCAAUAGAGGUUUUCCCCAUGCACACCACCCUGUGCAGCCACAGCUCACCUACCCUGAUCCUCCCCAGCCCCAGGAGCCCCCAGUCCUGGCUCCAGCCCAAAUCUUCCAGCAACACUGUCUAGAAACCAAUAAAAUCUUGCAAUGGGCACA